GUGUAGUGUAGUGGACUCCACGCACAAUUUCGGCUCUGUAAUUUUCUUUCUUUUGGAGCGCUCACACUGGCUCGUUUCUGACAGUUUGUAAAUCGAAUUGUUGCCAAGAAUUUUCUCUCUCUUCUGGUACAAGUUUGAUCUUAUUUGUCAAGGAUUUAUCGGAAAAAUUCGUUACUUUCGUUUUGUAGCGAACACGUUGUUGUUGUUAUUACUCGCGAAAUAUAUUAAUAUCGUGAACUAUGUUUUAUUCGCCCAAAGCUGGACUUCUCCCUACGCCAAAUACUCCUCAAAUUCAUUCUCCGAACCCAGAAGAUUAUGUCAAAUGUUCUUAUUAUCCUAUACCAGUUCAAGCGGUCAACAUCAUCGAGAGUUUUAAUAUUCGUUGUCAACCAACUUGGGAUAUUAAUGUUGCGACUAAAUAUGUCAAAUUCAAAGCCGAAUGGGACCUUUGUGGCCAAGUAUAUACGAGUGUCAACGUUGAUGUAUUUCCUAAAUCAGUCCUUAGCUCCCUAGCUACAUAUAACCUCGAUCAACCGUCUUGGAAUACUUCGUUUACUGGCAAGAAACUUUGUUUGAAAUUAGAAUGGAAAGUGUCUAGUCAGCAUUCUCGUAUUAAUGUUUCAAAUUCGUCAAUCUACAACCAAAAUUCAACUGAUUUCGCCCUUAAUUCCUCAACAAACAGUCCUUCAAGUUUUUCUACACCCUAUCGUCGCCAUAAUCUAAGUUAUCAAGCGGACUCUGGUUAUAAAUCUGCGAACAGGUCCGAUAGUCAUAAAGAAUCGCCAAUAUAUUCACGGCGUGCGUAUAAUGAAAACAUUGCAAACUUUCCAAAUAACUCGCCUGGGACUUGCACUAAAUUGUUCAAAUCGCCUCGAAAAUUGGUUAAUAGACAAGAUCUCUAUCGUCCUCAAUCGGUGGAUACGGCUAAUAUUAAAGCUAAAGCGAGUAUUACCCCGAAAUCUGAGAAUACAAGUGAAAAUAUAAGCCCCAAAGCUGAUCAAGUUAAAAUUAAUAAUUCACCGCAGUGUAAUAAUAAUCAACACAGUCUCGAGAGUAAUCAACAGAGUCACGCGAGCGAUGUUAAUCCGGAUUUGUCAGUUAGUCAUGAAAAAUCUGACGAAGAGGAGCUGUUUUCUGAUUCCGACUAUGAGCCGGCUAGUGACUUUGAUCCACGUACAAAUUCUUUUGGCCUUACUCCUAAAAAACUGUCCUUUUCAAACGGAUAUUUGUCUCACGCCAUCGAUGCCGAAUUCAUGAAUUUAAACGGCACAUGCAGAUUAUGCCAUGAUUCUAUUCCCUCCUACCUUGCCCAUCUUCAUGUAAUUGAAUGUCCGAAGUCUGAUCUUGAUCCUGUUGAUGAAUUUUAUAAAACGUGUGCUGCGGAUCUCCAGACCAACAAGGAAAAAAUUCAAAAUUAUGUCAAAGACCACCUACAGUACAAAUUUAACGAUGACCAAAUUCCCAAUGACACUUUCAAGAAUUGCGAACAAUUUUAUAACUUUUGUAGUAACAUUGAUGAGUUAGAGAAAUCUCAAACCCGCAGAUUCUUUGAGAAAUGUGGUACACCACCUUCUAGAGUAAUAAAUAUUCUUAGCUAUGAACAUCUAGCAUAAACUACGAUAUUUAUAUCGGACACGAUCUACCAUUUUGAUAUUUAUAUGACCAUUAAUGGCACUAAUUGUUAUAAUGACUAGGACUAUUAAGCAAGACCCAUCACCUGUAAACUAAUUUGAAAUAAAGAAUGAAUAGUGUAGUGUAGUGUAGUGUAGUGUAGUGUAGUGUAGUGUAGUGUAGUGUAGUGUAGUGUAGUGUAGUGUAGUGUAGUGUAGUGUAGUGUAGUGUGUGU